UUUGGGCCUUCUACCGCCCGCGCUCGCUCUUCUGUGACAGAGCAGCGUACGAGUGAAACGCUUUCCCCUUCAGUGGAGAGGUAUAAAAGUGGACGGCACGUCGGACACAUGCAUCUCAAUCCCUGCAUCAGCCACACAGUCAACAUGCACUCCUGGAAAUUCGUUUUUGUGGCCAUGGUGGCGUCGGUGGCCAGCGGCCAGCACCACGGCGGCGGUGGAGGCGGCUACGACGGACAAUACAAGCAGCCCCCUGUGAACAUCCUGAGCCACAAGCAGGCGCUGGGUCACGAUGGCUCUUUCAAAUACUCAUUCGCGGCCGACAACGGACUCCAGCAGGGUGAGAGCAUCGCGCCCGACGGCAGCAGGGUCGGUUCGUACAGCUACGUCGACCCCAAGGGAAAGACCAUCACCGUGCACUACACGGCCGACAAGAACGGCUUCCACGUGCAGGGCGACCACCUGCCCAAACCCGUGCAGCCCAUCCACCCCGUCCCGGCCACCCCUCAGGCCGCCCACCAACCCUACCAGCAGUACCAGCCCGCGCAGACCUACAACCACGGCGCCCCCUACUAUCAGGCCGCCGCCUCUAGCCACGACGACGGUGACGACGGCGACUACCAAGAGGACAAGUACAACGACCCUUCCAAGCCCCACUCCUUCGGUGACGGAUACUCUUUCCAGUUCGGAGGUUAAACUCUGAAAUAUUCUUACAUCUGAAUUCAUACUCCUAUUUCUUGCAAUUUCUAAUUUUUCAUUUUUUUUUUAAAUGUUCAUUAUUUCAAACUUUCUCUAGUUUUUCAUAUUUUCCUAACUCUUCUAACUGUAUAAAAAAGUCAAGUCUGUGAUUUAGUAACUUUUUAAGUUCAUUGAGUUCAUGAAACAUUCCAGUCCUAUGGGGUCCGCGCGCUUGUUCCUUGUAACCUAGAUUGAGUUGCAUGUUUUAUUAGAUCGUCGCCAACUGGAGGUGAAAAUAACCAAGUCUUAUGGUAAAACACAGUCCUCUUGGCGAGAUUGUCUUGUUAAUUAGUUUUUAAUUUGUAUGCUUCAUAUUAUAGUCUUCAAAAAUAUGAGAUCUCCCUGUUCUACAUAACACACUCGAUUCAGAAAAGGUUGCGUUGUAAUUUUAUUUCAAUGCAAAUACUUCUUUUUAAAUUUAGUGCUGAGUGCUAAAUUGUAAGCGUGCUUCUUGCGUUGUAAACGUGCUUUAAUAAAUAUAUUUUUAAAAUGAAAUCCAGUAA